GUGCUCUAUUGCCUUUAAGAGCUCUUUGUCUAUUACAAGGUAAAGAAGGUAGUCUCCUGUGUUGUCUUUUAGAAGCUUUAUUGUUUUACCUUUCAUAUUUAUGUCUGUAAUUCAUUUGGAAUAUAUUUUUGUACAUAUGGUGUAAAAAUAGGGGUCAAGGUUCUUUUUUUUACAUGGAUAUCCAACUGACUCAAUACUAUUAAGAAGUUGUCUUUAUUGCUGUGCAUAGGUACCUUUGUCUUAAGUAUCCAUAACUCUCCAUUUUCUGUUUUAUCCUAUGCCAUUAACACACUGUCUUAAUAAGCUUUAUAAUGAGUUUUAAUAUCUGGUAGUGGAUUUUUUUUUUAGCUUUCUUUUUUCAUGGUUGUUUUGACUAUUCGUGGUCCUUUGAAUUUCUGUGUAAAAAGCUUUAGCGUCAUCUUGUCAUUUAUCUCUCAAAAACACACACAAAUGCACAAAAGAACUUGUUGGGAUUGUGAUUGUAAUUAAAUCAGUCAACUAGUUUGGGGAGAAUUGAUAUUUUUAGAAUUCAGUGAACUUGUAUAUCCCAUUUAUUUAUUUAAAAAUUUGUUUUCUAUUAGAGGUCUUUCACUAGAUUUACCUCUAGGUAUUUGAUAUGGAAGACAUAAGUGUACUGAAUUUGAGUGCUCUUGGUAUCAGAAAGAUGUCUCAACUUAGUUCAGAGAUAAUACGUACAGCAGGGUUCUAUGUGGAAGGUCUUCAGAGAUAUAAGAAUUUAAAAACAAACUUAACUGUGUGAAUAUGGCAACUUAUAGUGAAACAGUUUUUAUACCAAAUACUGUUGCAACGUGAAAUGCUUAUAAUCAUAUUGCACAAUUAUGUAGAUAUAUGAUUAAAAUACAGACAUCUUAGGCAUCAUUACUGUAAGAAAUGCUUCUUGGCUGAAUGAAAUGCUGUACAAUUUAGAUAUGUAUGGUUUUAGUUUAGGUUAGAUAACCAACAUUUCACCAUGGUUUUAAUGUUAUAUAUCGAGAAAGAGGGAAUUAGUGUUAGAAAGUGUGUGGAGGGGUAAAUUGUGAUGUUGAGUCAUAAGAAAAUAUACUGUGAUAUGAUUAUAAAUAUGUUUCCAAAUUUGUGGCACUAUUCAUGGCAGAAUUUUAUGCCUAGAAAUUUGAGGAAUGAGAGAAAGAUCUAGUUGUUACCUUUAGCCAAUUAACAUUUCUGUGCCUUCAUUUCUUCUUCUGCACAAAAGGGAUAAUAAUCAUUUGGAUAGGAGUUAGAACAGUGUCUGGCUUAUAAUUAGUGUUUAUUAUUUGUUUUUCUGCAGAUAUGUAAGCACCAAGAAGGAAUGGACCUUGUCUUGUUCACUAUAUUCAACACCUUCUGUGUACUAGAUUGUCUAGACACAAUCCCUGCAUUCAUGGAGCUUAAAAUCUAGUCUGUGCAUAUCAUUGUAAAUUCUAAAUCAUGUUAGUAGUAAGACUGUCAUGCUUCCAUAAGAAACUGUAGUUAUUUAUAAAACAUUUACUUAUUAAUUUUCUACAAUGGCAGUGUUGCUUUAUAUGCUUGUUUAAGUUGAAAUUCUGAGGGGAAUAUUAGGCUGUUCAUCUCAUGGUGUGCAACUUUUUAUUUGUAGUGCUGGUGUGAUUGAGUCCUCUGAUGCUUGGAGUCCUGGGAUUUGAAAGACUCGCAUUUAAGUUCAUUUUUGCUGCUGAUCUUGUACAUGACUCUGAGCAAGUUACUUCUUAAUCAUGUCUGUAAUUAAAUGCACUAAAUGAUAUCUAAGGUUUCUUCCAGCUCUCAUUUUGUUAUUAAUCAGCUUCACUAAAUUAUGUUAUAUUCUGUGGGUAGAGGGGAGCAGGAAUCCAUGGUUCAUAAUAUUAUUUGCCUUGAAACUAAAUGCUGAAAUUUAAAUGUUGAGCUCAUAUUCCAUAAUUGUAUUUUGGUUUUAUUUAUAGAUGCCAGAAGUGGGUGGAAAAUUGUAGGAGAGCAGACUUAGAAGAUAAAACACCUGAUCAACUAAAUAAACAUUAUCGAUUAUGUGCCAAACACUUUGAGACCUCUAUGAUCUGUAGAACUAGUCCUUAUAGGACAGUUCUUCGAGAUAAUGCAAUACCAACAAUAUUUGAUCUUACCAGUCAUUUGAACAAUCCACAUAGUAGACACAGAAAACGAAUAAAAGAAUUGAGUGAAGAUGAAAUCAGGACACUGAAACAGAAAAAAAAUGAGGAGACAUGGAUUCAGGCAAAGAAAAAGGGAAGGAUAUUCUUUGCAGAGUUGACGAAACUUCUGAACAGGAACAAAAACAUAAAGAGAUCAACAACACCAAUGCUCAGAACUCCAAUACAGAAGGGGGUGAAGAACAGGAUGAAGACAUUUUACCUUUAA